UUUGAUCUCCAAUCACAUUGACACAUUUCUCCGUUGUGUAUGGAAUUCACAGACGAUAUCAUGUUUGUGCGUGUCAUUUGAUCGCAACAACCAUAGAAAUAGCCGCAUAACGUGCAAUCGGAGAGAAACAUAAUUGUAAAGCAAUAGAAAUUUGGUGUAAUUUCGUUUUGUUUUGUCGAAACUUUUCAAGUAAAUGUCCAAUCAAUCAAUAUAAAUUCAUUUGUUAACAACCAAACGUUGGUGAAAAGUGAAUAUUUAAUCGUUUUUAGAAAAAAAUAAUUAAACACGAAAUUUUUGGUCAAUCGAAAAAAAAUUAAUGUAAUUUGGAUACGUAAAAGGAUUCACAUUGGUACAAACAUAACCGCAAAAUUUGUGGCGUUUGCUGGUCAAACUUUUUCAUUUAAUACUUUGCGCAUGUGAAGCUCAAUCGAAGGCAUCGCAUAGAUUGUGGUCGGUGGAACAAAACGCUCAAAAUGUCUCCGUCACCGGCUAAGCAAAGACGGCGUCGCUUAUUGCCCAACCGAAAAUCGAAAGAAUCAGCUACGAACCAGCUACGAGGACCACUGACCCGUAGUCGUGCUAGAGCUCAGCAUAUCGUCAUUGAAAAUCUUACAAUGGAUCAAUUGCCUCAACGUCUACGAAAGAAAAAUCGCGUUGACAAACUAACAGAUCUCAAUGAUGAUUGCCUACUAUCAAUUCUCGAACACAUGAAUCCGGUUACAUUAACUACGUUCGCUGAAACUUCCGAUCGAAUGAACGGUUUGGCGCGUUAUCAUUUUCGCCUGAAGUAUAAAUGCUUUGAUUUUAUAUCGCUCAUUGGCGUUAACAAUGAAGUUAACUAUGGUAUGGCUAAACAAUUGUUUAAAAUAUUUGGUGACCUGAUGACAUCUCUGAAUCUGGCUCGCUAUUUAUUUGCCAAUCAAAACGACAACUUAUCGUACGACUUGCUGAACUUGAUUAAACAUCAUUGUUGUAAUCUAAAAACACUGAAACUCGAGGAUAUUUUCAUUGAAACGCAAAACAUGCAAAAACUGAACGCAUUAUUUGAGCCGAUCGAAACAUUGGUGCUUGACAAUUGCUCAUUCCAACAGCAUAAUAUCGGUUUUGGUAACAUGAAACAUCUAAAAAAACUCAAAAUGUCCGAAUUCAAUUGCUCAUGGAAAAAAACGAUUGGACGAAACUUCGAAGAAUUGGAACAAAUCGAAUUUGAUUCAUGCCAUGGACUGUUAAACGAAUAUUUGGAAACAUUCAUCAAAGCAAAUCAAAUGCUAAAAAGUUUGACGGUGACCGAAUGUAUGUAUGUUACGUCGAAUGUAUUUUCCGCGAUCAGCUCACUGAAGCAGCUCGAAGAAUUCGAAUUUAAAUCAUCACGACUAGCCGAAAAUACAAUACAAACUGAUUUGAUGCACUUGGCAGCUUUGAAAAAUCUUAAAGUACUAAAUUUGGAUUGUAUGAAAUCAUCUGUAGCGCAGCUACUUCAAAAUCUCGUCAAAAAUUCCAUUCAAAUCGAACAUUUGGAGCUCGCAAAUGGUACUAUGAACGACGACACAUUGGCCAGCAUCAACAAGAUGAAAACCAUUAAAAUUCUGAAAUUGAACGAAAUUGCCGAACUGACUGAAAAUCAAGUUGUGGGAUUCACAAAAGAAUUGAACCAACUUGAACAACUGCACAUCAAAACCAAUGCUAAAGUGACAAAAUAUAGUCUUACGGCAAUGGUACAGAAUGCAGUGCGAUUGUCAUGCAUAAAAAUUGAUUCACCGGCAUUACAUCUCGACACGUAUACCUAUGACAUGAUGUUGGCUUCGAUUCGCAAGCGCGAUGAAAAUAUUAAGCUAGAUCUAACAAUCUAUGGUAAUUGUGAACAAAUUUUGGUGCCAGAAAUUAAACAGCUUAAUGACCAAAAUGAUAGAUGGUUUUGCGUGAAGGAAUUGGAUCGAACACAUAAUCAUGUUUUUCCCAAAUGGUCAUCAAACGGGCAAGGCAGUGAUGACGAGGAAGACGAUGAAUUUUUUGAUGAUGAUGACGAACUUGCGAUACUAUUUAGCGAAGACGAAGAAGACUUUGAUCCAAUUGGAUUUGGAGAAGUUCCUAGCGACAUGGAAAUUAGCGACUCGGAUGCCGACGUGGAACUAGAUUAAAGCAAACAAUGUCAAGAUUUUCUACAUCAUUCAUCUACAUUAAAGUAAUUGAUAUUCCGUUGAACGAUAUCAAAGUUAAAAGAAAUUUUUUUACAAAGAAACGCAAAAUUAUUUUUAAAAAAAUUUCUAUGAAGGAAAAGUACUAUUUUUUGUGUUGAACCAAAAAAAGAGAAAAGAAAUUAUUUGUAAGCGUUAUUCAUCUUCAUAUUAAUUUAAAACUAUUUCAAUAAAAGUCUUAUUUUGUCUUCUAAAA